AUGGCUGGGUUUAAGUUCGUCACACCUUUUCUGGCUGUGUUGUUGGUCUCGUCUGUCUGGACUGCGGAUCUAGAGAAUGAGAUGUCUGAAGAGGAGGCCUCUGAGGAUCUGCCUGUCUCUAUGCAGCUGCACAGGGCUAACUUUGGCCUGAUACAUGCUGCUGAUGAGCCCCCCCUGGUGGAUGAUAUUACCAUGGACUUUGUGACGGGCAGAUUCUCUGACCCCUGCACCUCUCGAGGCUGCAUGUGGCCAAAGUCCAAGAACGGAAAGGUCCAGGUGCCCUACUACAUCAGCAGCGACUUCUCUCCUCGUGAGAAGGCCAUCAUCCAGCGCGGCCUGGACUCUUUCGCCUCCUCCACCUGCAUCCGCUUCAAGCCCCGUUGGGAUGAAAGGGACUAUUUGGGCAUCUACUCCAAGAAUGGAUGCUACUCCUAUAUUGGCCGUCGUGGUGGUCAGCAGAUUGUCUCUCUGAGUCGUAAGGGCUGUCUGCACCAGGGCACCAUCCAGCACGAGCUGCUACACACUCUGGGCUUCAACCACGAGCAGACCCGCAGCGACCGUGACAGAUAUAUCCGAGUGAUCUGGGAGAACAUCAUCGAUAACAAGAGGCACAACUUCAACAAGAUGAAAACUCUUAACCAGAAUACCCCCUAUGACUACAACUCAGUUAUGCAGUACCACAGGUUCGCUUUCUCCAAGAACAAGAAGCCCACCAUGGUGCCCGUCCCCAACAACGACGUGGAGUUCGGCAAGGCCAGAGAGAUGAGCAAGAACGAUAUCAUCAAAGUGAACAGACUUUACAAAUGUCAUAAACGUAAAUAACGAUGAAAGAAUAUCCUGAAGAACCCUUGAAGGGAAAGUAUUUCCUUCUGUUGGGGAGCCACAUGAAGGUUGUGGUCUUUACUUCCACUCAGUCGCUCAUCUGUCAAUAAAAUCACAAACCAUGACAGUUA